AUGCCCCUGGGGUCCUGUGCUUCCCAGACCCGCGGCCCGCUCCGCGCAUGCGCCCUCCUCGUUACCGUCCUGGUGUCGAACUGCCUCAGCCGCCCCGUUUUUCACCGCGUUGAGGUCCGAAAAGUGGAUCCUCUGCGGUGUUUCUUUUCAGGCGAAGAAAAACGCCGGGCCAAAGAAGCUGAGAUUGAGGCCAAGAAAGCGGCAGCGGAGGAAAAGGAAAAAGAGAAGCAACGGCAGAAGCGGCAGAAAGAGCAGGAAGAGGCCAGAAGGCAGAAGCAAAAACACGAAGAAGAGGAAGAGAAGAGAAAACUGAAGGAAUUGGCAUCAAUUGAGGCUGAAGCAGUAAAGCGAGCCGCUCAAGCAGCCAGAAGACCGUUGAAUUCCUUUGAAGAACGGCGAGUGAGACGACAGGCGAGAUCCGAAUACUCUGGCGGUGUGCAUCUUGGACAACAAGAUGACUGGUCAAAACCCUUGAAACCGGAGGUCAAAGACCAGCUGGAUGAUGCGGUUCGCUUCUUCAGCCAGACCAUGUUCACGCCUGCUGCACUGAUUGGUUCAGCAGCACUGGGCUUGCUGUUUCUGCAACCGGCAAAGUUUGCCUUCUGCAACCCGCGGGACCAACCUUACAGCAUUUUUCAAUUUCUAUACAGGGUCUAUGUGAUCUUGGCCGCCAGCACCAUCUGUUUGGAGCUCACCACGGUCCUUGAGACCUCCAAUGCCCACGUGCAGCUGCUGGAGCUGGGACGCCAUGGGCGGCUGGCACUGGAACCCACGGCCAUGGACCUCAUCAUGGCGAAUAUGGAGUUCGAAUAUUUGGUGUGCAGCUUGAGUUUCUUCGGCGGCCUCGUGUGCUUCAUUUCUGCCACUCUUUGCCGUGUGAUUGUCGCAUUUGGCUACGAUCAUAGCGGACGAUUCUUUCCACAAGAGCCGGAACUUUGUUUGGCAGUCAGCGGCAUGAUGUUGAGCAGCUUGCUGUCGUGGCUCCACCUGGUGAAUGUGCGCGUCACAGAGUUUCGAAACUUUGGAUCCAUGAUCUGCAGGUUCUUUAUUCUCCUUUUGGCAAGAUUUCGCAAUGGAGAAGUUGGUAUCAUCGGCUACGCUGCGGUGAUUUCAAGCCUUGCCAGUGUGGCAGGUGUAGGCAAGAUUCUGCUGAACGAGUACCUGCAGAUCAGGGAGGGCUCCAAAGCGGGCGAAGACGGACCUUGA